AUGGAGGAACUGGCCCGUGAGAGCAUCAGCCUGCUGGCCCGGUCUGCAUCUCAUGCGGAUCCUCCUCGGCUUGGUUCGUUUGGAGCUGUGUUCAUCAUGCUGAAAUCUGCACUUGGAGCUGGACUGCUCAACUUCCCCUGGGCCUUUGAGAAGGCUGGAGGAGUGACCACAGCCAUCUGUGUGGAGAUGGUAUCUCUGGUAUUCCUCAUCAGUGGUCUGGUCAUCCUCGGCUAUGCGUCAUCUGUCAGCAGACAAAAUACAUAUCAGGACGUGGUGAGAGAAGUGUGUGGACAAGCGGUGGGAAAACUCUGUGAAGUCUGUUUCUGCUUCAACCUCUUCAUGAUAAGUGUAGCCUUCCUGGUGGUGGUGCAGGACCAGCUAGAAAAAUUGUGCAUUUCUUUAUACGAGACUGUGACUGGGUUGCAUGAGACAGAAAUGCCUUAUCACUGGUACACGGACCAGCGCUUUGCCCUUUUCAUCAUGUGCCUUGUCAUCAUCCUACCGCUGUCUAUCCCUAAAGAAAUUGGCAUCCAAAAAUACACGAGUGUGUUAGGGACGCUGGCUGCUACAUAUCUGUCUGUAGCAGUGAUCGUCAAAUAUCACCUGAUGGACAGCCACACGGCUAUAAUAACUCCAGAGCACAGCCAGGGCGUGAGCUCAUGGGCAUCUAUGUUCAGCGUCGUACCAACCAUUUGCUUUGGCUUCCAGUGUCAUGAGGCCUGUAUAGCGAUCUAUAGCAGCAUGGAGAACCAGAAGCUCUCUCACUGGGUGGUCAUCUCUGUGCUCUCCAUGUUUUUCUGCCUGCUUAUCUACACUCUCACCGGUGUUUAUGGCUUCAUGACGUUUGGCCGAGCUGUCGCCUCAGAUAUUUUGAUGUCAUACCCAGGAAAUGAUGUGGUCAUGAUAAUUUCCAGACUACUUUUUGGAAUAUCCAUAAUUACCAUCUAUCCCAUUAUUCUGCUUCUGGGACGAUCUGUCAUCCUGAACCUGAUGUUACGGGUUCAAAGACGUCGCAGAGGAAUUGUUACUCAUUCAUUUGAGAGUCGCUGCAGAGUUGUUUUAACUGUGGCCUGGAUCACCUUCACUCUUCUCAUUGCCAUGUUUGUCCCAGACAUGGCUGAUGUCAUCAGUGUCAUUGGAGGAAUCAGCGCCUUCUUCAUCUUUAUCUUUCCUGGUCUAUGUCUUGUGUUCACAAUGCAAACAGAAGAUGUAUCUCAUAGAGUCGGGCUCAUUUUAACAAUUUGGGGAGUGAUAACAAUCAUAGUUGGAGCCUUCAUUUUUGGGCAGAGCACCACCAUUGCUGUGAUGGAGAUUUUCCACAAAUUCUAA